GGCAAUAGAUGGAAUUUGCUCAACGGAAUAUUGGAAUAUAGACCUCACAUGGAACACAUACUUUCCCAUUUUUACUCCAUGCUUUCUUAAAAUUGCUUUGAUAUGGGGUCCUGUUGCAUUUUUUUGGAUUUUUACUCCCACGGAGAUAUAUUACACAUCAAAAAGCAAAGAAAAGAAGAUUCCUUGGUCUACUUUAAAUAUUGCAAAAUUGUUGACAUCAGUGCUUCUGCUAAUUUUGUCAGCUAGUGACAUGUGCUUUCAGAUGUUUUUGUAUACUAGAACUGCUGUACCACCAGUUGAUUACUAUACUCCAUUUCUGCUAUUUGUGACAGUUGCAGUGAUUAUAGUAUUGAUAACUAUGCAGAGAAGAAAAGGUAUAAUUACAUCUGGCAUUCUCUUUUUAUUUUGGUUUUUCCUUGCGGUUGGAACAGGUGUUGCAUACUAUACAUCUCUGCAAAAAGUAUUCAACUCGGCCUUUGAUUAUGAUGACAAUUAUGAACACUACCAGUUUUCAACAAUUUUGUUAUAUUUUACAUUUUCAUUUGUUGAAUUGAUUCUUCAUUGUUUUGCUGAUCAAAAAGCCAGUCCGGACAAAAUACCUGAAAAAGAAAAUCCAGAAGAAAGAGCAUCUUGGUUGUCAAACAUGACAUUUUGGUGGUUUAAUCCAAUGGCAAUACUUGGAUAUCAGAAACCUCUUGCAGGCUCUGACAUGUGGGAAUUAAGUGAACCUAAUCGUUCAGACUAUUUGUUAUCUGUAUUUAACAAGUAUUGGCAGCCUUUAUUGAAUAAGAUGAACAGCCAGCAGCAGAAAUUUCAGAAGCAACUGUCCAGAAGAUAUUCACAAAAAGAUAGUUCUGCAUUAAAUAUUACUUUUUCCAAAAAUGAAUAUGAGAAAGACAUUUCCAAAUUGAGUUUACUGAGGCCUUUACUGAUGACCUUUAAAUGGGACUUGUUUGUGUCUGGAGUGAUGAAGUUGGGGGCUAGUGUGAUUACUUUUCUGAAUCCAGUUUUAUUAGAUAUGCUCAUAUCAUUUGUUGGAAGUAAUGAUCCGCUUUGGAAAGGCAUGUUUUUUGCUGUUGGUAUGUUCAUAGCUGCAUUGAUUGAAUCUUUUCUGAAUGGACAAUAUGAAUAUCGUAUAUACGUGGUUGCAAUGCGUAUGAGGUCUUGCAUAAUAUCAGUUGUCUAUAAGAAGGCUCUUUUAUUAUCAAAUUCUGCCAGAAAAAAUUUUACUGUUGGUGAAGUUGUAAAUCUUAUGUCUGUAGACACUCAGAGAAUUAUGGACUACGUUCAAAUGGCAAACAUCCUUUGGUCUGCUCCUCUUCAAAUUAUUAUAGCCGUUUACCUGCUUUGGCAACAACUGGGAAUUGCUACACUUGGAGGCUUGGCUGUGCUGAUUGCAAUGAUUCCUCUUAAUGGAACAGUCAGUGUGUUUAUUAGAAAUUACCAGGUUAGUCUGAUGGCUGAUAAAGAUUUAAGAACAAAACUGAUGAAUGAAAUCCUCAAUGGAAUAAAAGUUCUAAAGUUGUAUGCUUGGGAAAACUCUUUCAUAGAGGAAGUAAUGAAGAUAAGAUGGAAAGAAAUAUCCAGCCUUAAAGCUCAAGCAUGGUUAAAUGGAGCCAUUACUUUCGUUUUCGCUUCUGCCCCAUUUUUGGUAUCUUUAGCUAGUUUUGCCGCAUUUGUUCUCAUUGAUUCAGAUAAUGUGCUUGAUGCAAAUCGAGCAUUUGUUUCUUUAUCAUUAUUUAACAUUCUACGUGUGCCAACAGGAUAUCUACCUAUGAUAAUUGCCUACACAGCUAUGUUUGUUGUAUCAUUGAAAAGAAUCAACAAAUACGUACAGCAAGAUGAAAUAGAUCCAGAUAUCAUUGAACAUAGCCAAUCAGAAAAAGACCCAGUAAUUAUUGAGAAUGGUACCUUUUCGUGGGCAAAAGAUGAAACUCCUGCUCUGAAAGAUUUAAAUUUCCGUGCAAAGUAUGGAGAACUUAUUGCUAUUGUCGGACAGGUUGGAUCUGGUAAAUCAUCGUUAUUGUCAGCUUUAUUGGGGGAUAUGGUGAAGUUAUCAGGAAGAGUGAAUGUCAAGGGGUCUGUUGCGUAUGUCCCUCAACAAGCCUGGAUACAAAACGCUACACUAAAGAACAAUGUACUGUUUACAAAAAAACUUGAUUCAUCAAAAUAUAAAACUGUUCUAGAUGCUUGUGCCUUAACACCUGAUCUUGAAAUUUUGCCUGGUGGAGAUCAAACUGAAAUUGGAGAAAAGGGCAUUAAUCUAAGCGGUGGACAGAAACAGAGGAUAAGCCUCGCUAGAGCUGUUUAUAAUGAUGCUGAUAUUUAUUAUUUGGACGAUCCUCUGAGUGCUGUUGAUGCCCAUGUCGGGAAACAUAUUUUUGAGCAAGUCAUUGGACCUACAGGCUUAUUGAAGAAAAAGACAAGAAUUCUUGUGACCCAUCGAAUAAGUGUUCUUCCAAGUGUAAAUACCAUUAUUGUUCUUCAGAAUGGAAAAGUCACUGAAAGGGGUUCCUAUCAUGAGCUUUUAGCCAAGAAAGGUGCUUUUGCAGAUUUCUUGCUGCAAUAUCUGCAAGAAAAUGCUGAAGAUAUGACGGAUGGAAUUCUAGCUGAUGAACUGAAUUUCAUGCAAGAAAUAGCAGCUACAGUAGGUGCACCAGCAGAAUUAACUAGACAGUUAUCUAAAAUGUACGACAGUGCUAGUGACUCUGAUAGCAGUCGGAUUAGCACAGCCAAAAGAGUCUCCAUUGCGUUCCCAGAAGGUGGAGAAGGUGUGAGGAAAAGAACUAAAAGUUUAAGAAGAGCUUCCAGUGUGGAAUCAGAAUUGAAAAAGCGCAGUUCGGUUAAAGAAUUAGCUAAAGGAACUAAUCUCACAGAAAAAGAAGGGAUGGAAGUUGGUUCUGUGAAAACAUAUGUGUACUUUGAAUAUAUUAAAUCAUAUGGUCUCUGGCAUUGCCUGGUGAUAAUUAUUGGCUACCUAUUGUCUAAUAGUUUCAGUCUUGGAUCAAAUUUAUGGCUUAGUGUGUGGAGUAAUGAUUCAUUAGACCCUGACAAUGCUGAUAAUAUUGAUCUAAGGAAUUUGCGCCUUGGAGUUUAUGGUGGCUUGGGAGCUGGGGAAAUUAUAAGCACCCUCUUUACAUCAAUAUCAAUGAAUUUAGCUGCUUUAAGAGCAGCCAAAUAUCUUCACGAUGAAAUGUUGGCUCGAGUCAUGCGAGCACCAAUGUCGUUUUUUGAUACAACACCUUUGGGCAGAGUACUCAACAGAUUUUCUAAAGACAUUGAUACUGCAGAUGUAACCAUUGGUUUCAACAUCAGAAUAUUCAUCAUCCAAGGUUUCCGUGCCCUCAUCACUGUGAUUGUUAUAUCUUUGGAAACUCCAAUUUUUAUUGUGGUGUGCAUACCCCUUGCAAUAUUGUAUUAUUUUCUGCAGAAAUUUUAUAUUCCUACAUCACGUCAGUUGAAAAGAUUAGAAUCAACCACUAGAUCACCUAUUUAUUCACAUUUCUCAGAAACUGUAGCUGGCUCGACCUGCAUUAGAGCUUUUGGGGCUGAAAAUACAUUCAAGAAUCGCUCAGAUGAACUUGUUGAUAUCAACAAUGAAUCAUACUAUCCAAGUUUAGGAGCUAGCAGAUGGCUCUCUAUCCGACUUGAAUUUCUAGGGUAUACAAUUGUUUUCUUGGCUGCUUUAAUUGCAGUUUUAACGCGUGGUACUUUAAGUCCUGGAAUUGCUGGUCUCUCAGUCAGCUAUGCUUUGCAGAUAACUGCAAUUCUUAACAUGUUAGUUCGAGCUACUGCAGAUGUAGAAACAAAUAUAGUUGCUGUUGAGCGUUGCUUGGAAUAUACUAAAACACCAACAGAAGCAGAAUGGGUGAAUGAGCAAAAUAAACCUGAUGACAAAUGGCCUUUUGAUGGAACAAUCAAGUUUAAUGAAUAUUCAACAAGAUACAGAGAAGGUCUUGAAUUAGUUCUGAAAGGAAUAAAUUGUGUUAUUAAUCCAAAUGAAAGGAUUUUGAAAAGAAUGAUCGAGUUAUACAAAAAAGGAAUUGAUUCUUCGGAUAUGACUUCAAACUCUGAUCUUCACAAUGUUUCGUCAAAUGGCAGCAAGUCGAAAUCUGAAAGUAAUGAAUUGGAACCAAGACUGGAAAGUGUUCAGAGCAAUGGAGCAAAUAUUCGGGAUGAUCAAAAGCACACUGAUAUGGAUACUGACUCAAGUGAAAUAAACUUUAAAAAAGGAAGCGUUGAAGGUAAUGGUUUGACGGAGAAAUCUAAAAGUCUGCCUCAGUCUCAUCCAGAUGGUAAAGAAAAAUUUCUAACAGAAUCAUUAAAAAAAGAAGAAAAAGCUGCAGAUUCAAUGCAGCAUGUAAAUGAUGCUGAUUUAAAGGAGGAGAUCAAUAAUGAUAAAGGCCAACAUGUUACUGCUGGUGUAUCAGCCUUUGAUACAGAGUUAAAAGAAAUUUUAGGAUCAAUUCUUGGACGUGUGGGUGCAAUGAAAACUCGUAAUAAAGCUAAAGAAAAAAUUGGUACAAAACUCUUGCCUGGAUCUCAUCCAGGUGACAAAGAAAAACGUCUCGAAAAUGCUAAAAAUAUACGUCUUGCAUCAGAAUUGCAAAGAAAAGAAAAUUCUGAUGUAAAAGUGAAGGAUUACACUGAUGGAGGUCAAAGCAUUACUGGUGGGGCAUCAGAUUUUGAUACAGAGCUAGGAGAAAUUUUGGGAUCAAUAAUAGGACGUGUUGGUGUAAUGAAACCUGGUACUAAAGCUGAGGAAAAAAUUGACAAUGAUCCACAACUUCAGCAAACAGUUUUAGAAAGGAAGAAAAUAAAACUCAUGACUGAGUCCUAUUUAGAUGAGAGAGAAAAAUGUCAUAAUGAAUCACUGGGGCCGAAAAAAACUGAAAGUUCAAAAUCAAUACUGGAGCAUGUGGAAAAGGUUGAUGCAAAAGAGAAGAGUAAAAUUGACAAAGAUAAAAACAUUACUGGUGGUGCGUCAGAUUUCGAUACUGAGCUAGAAGUUUCAAAAUCAAUUGCAGGACGUGGUGGAGUAAUAAAACCUCGUACUGAAGCUGGAGAAAAAAGGGUCCCACAACUUCAAGAAACAGUUUUAGAAAGGGAAAAAACAAAACUUAUGUCUGAGUCUGAUAAAGAGAAAUGUCAUAGAAAUGCAAAAGAUACAUCUUUUACAUCAGAGUCACAAAUACGUGAAGAAAACGCUGAAGGUUCAAAGUCCUUAUUAGAGCAUGCGAAACAGUCUGAUGUCAAAGAGCUUAGGACUGACAAAGGUCUAAGCAUUAUUAAUACUGCAUCUGAUUUGGAAAAAUGUGAUUUAAAAGAACUUUUAAAAUCAAUGAUAGAACAAGUUGAAGGAAAUAUUGACAUUUUUCCACAACUUCAAGAAACAGAUUUUAAAAGAGAGACAACACAACUUCCGCCUGUGUCUCAUCUAGGUGAUCAAGAAAAACUUCGUAAAAACACCGGAGUCACCUGUCAGGCAUCAGAAACUCAAAGUCAACCGAAAGUUGAGAAGGACUCAGCUAUCAGCCCUGUUGAACCUGAUUUAAAGAAAUUAAGAAAGGAAAGCUUGAAACAAAGUGUUAGCAAUGAAAAGCUUUUGGAUACGAAAAGUGAGAAAUCAGUUACAAGUGAUACUGCAUUAGCUUCUGCAACUCACUUGAAUCCCAAUAGUUCGAAUUUAUCUGGGAAAAGUGAUGAAGAGGCCAAAUAUAAACUCAAAGAAUUUCGAGUUGAACUUAAAAGAUUAGACAUAAAACGUGAAAUGUGCAGUUUAAAAGGAAGCAAAACUAUUUCAGAAGAGAAUCUCAAAGUUAAUCCAGAUAAAGACUCUGUUGAAACUGGUGUACAAAUCAAUCAAAAAGAUGAUAAUUGUGAUAAAUCUGCCUGUCAAUCGGACAGUGUCCAACUCAGGGGUAAAAGAAAACAUGAUGAAUCAAAAGAUGCCUUACCUAAUACAAAGAAAAUUAAAACUGAUAAGUAA